AUGCCGCAAGAAGAGUCAAAACCCAUAGACGCUCCUGUCAAUCAGGAAUCUCUGAAUUAUGCCGUCCAGGACCUCAAGCUAUCCGAGGAACAGUCCGAGGGAGGAGACGCAGUGAACAAUGCCGCAGAGUCGAGCGGAGAAGACACCAACCAAGACUCGACACAAGCACCCGCCAAAAAGUCGAAGAAGAAGAAGAUCAAGGAUGCCGUCGCCAGCAUCGCCUCAUCCUCCAAGUCCCCUGCCGCGCCUGCCUCGGCCGAAGACCCGCUGCCCGCCUCGACCCUCGACAAGUUGUCCGACUCGCAAAUCAACCAGCUGGUACAAAGCAACCCGGCCCUGGCCCAGGCCAUGCUCAAGGGCGGCUCCUCUCUCGAUGCCCGCAGCAUGCGCGAACUGCUCAAGUCUGUCAGCGCCGCCGACCUCAUGACGGGCAUGAGCUCGGGAAAGAAUGCAAAAGACAUGGCCAACUACAAAUUCUGGUCCACCCAGCCCGUCCCUCGCUUUGACGAAAAGGCUGCUGCCCAGGAGAAGCCUGUCCAAGAAGGCCCCAUCAAGGAAGUCGACCCCGACAAGUGGUCCGAGAUUGAUCUACUGGACGAGGCCGAGCUGAAGGAGGUUCAAGAGCUGCUCUGCAACCACUACGUCGAAGACGACGAGGCCAUGUUCCGCUUCAACUACCUCAACGAGACACUGAACUGGGCUCUCAAGGCUCCUGGCUGGCGCAAGUCAUGGCAUGUCGGUGUGCGCGCUACCAAGUCCCGCAAGCUGGUCGCUUUCAUCUCCGGUGUCCCUGUGCGUCUCAAUGUCCGCGAUCGUCUUGUCAACACGGCCGAGAUCAACUUCCUGUGUGUCCACAAGAAGCUCCGCAGCAAGCGUCUCGCUCCCGUCCUCAUUAUGGAAAUCACCCGUCGCUGCAACCUCGAGGGCAUCUACCAGGCCAUCUAUACUGCUGGUGUUGUUCUGCCCAAGCCUGUAGCCAGCUGCCGCUACUUCCACCGCGCUCUCGACUGGGAAAAGCUUUACAACGUCGGCUUCAGCCCCCUCCCCCAUGGCAGCACAAAGAUGCGCCAGAUCUCAAAGUACCGUCUCCCCGAACGCACCGCAACCCCUGGCCUCCGCCUCAUGCGCGCCGAAGACGCCGACCAACGCGUAAAAAUGGCCCAAGAGUUCAACAAGGAAGAAGUACUCCACUGGUUCCUCGACAAAGAAACCGACCCAAAGAGCAACAAGCGCGUCGUCUGGACCUACGUCGUCGAAGACGCCGACAAGAAAAUCACAGACUUUUUCAGCUUCUACUGUCUCGAGAGCUCGGUUAUCCACAAUGCUAGCCAUUCGAGCACAAUUCGUGCUGCUUAUCUGUUUUACUAUGCCACGGAAAGUGCUUUCGAGACUCAAAACGAUGACGAUGAAGCCCUCAAGGCUCGUCUUAACUUGCUGGUCAAGGACGCCUUGAUUCUCGCUAAACAGAAAUUCGGCCCUGGAGACGGUCAACUGCACUACUACCUCUUCAACUACCGCACCGCGGACUUGCCCUCUGGCGUGGAUGCCAAGAACCAAGUGGACGCUAGACAGCGCGGCGGCGUGGGUGUUGUCAUGUUGUAG